GAUUUCGGAGGUUGUCUUAUUUGAUUAUAGCUUUACUUCAAUGAUUGACUUUUAAUGUUAAAAGUGAGACAUCUAAUUUAGUAAAAAUGUUUUUAAAAAAUCUCAUUGCUGCAAACUACUGCAUCGUCGGCGAAAUGACGUAUUAUCCGGAAAUGGCAACGCAAGCGACGGUUUAGAAAACCAUAACAACUCUAGCUAGGUGAAUAACCGAUCAUUAAGAGGGACCAGUCAGAUGGACAGACAUCUACCUGCCUCUCUUCCUACUCAUCUAGGAGAGCAUCCAUGGAUCUAACCAUGUGACAAAAGCAUUCUGCUCACCAACAUUUUUCUACCACGCCAAAAGGGGACUAAUUUAUCUCAAGAUGCCUCGUUUGGAAGACGUUGCCAACAUUGUUCUGAGGGUGCCAUGCAUCCUGGUACUGGACUUGCUCUAUAAAUGUGACAUUGAUAGCUUCACAGAGCACCUCAGGGCGAAGAACGAAGACAUGCUCUUCAAAUACAAAUAUAUUAUCUGGAACCUGUAUUACCUAGGUCAUGUGAUCAACGCGGUGGUGUUGGUUUUACCAUUGAGACACAUCAUCAAGCUCUACCUCCACAUCCUCACCACUCUGCUCUUUUACGUUGGACACCACAUCUCCAAGGACUAUGUCCAUGGAGAGGUGCAGUAUGGGUAUGAUGGAGCCCUGUACCUCGACUCUCAGGCCUUCAACCGCUUUGUCUCUUCCCUGACUAGUCAGGUCAUAUUGAGUACGUUGUGUGCCUUCCUCAUGAAGACCAGGAAGGUGUGGCUGUUCUCUGCCCACCUUCUGCCCCUAUUGGCCCGUCUCUGUGCCAUGCCCCACGACACCCUGCUUUUGGUCAACUCCUUCUCCACGGUCCUGACUGGAAUAGGUGUGGCCAUGUUCCUCCUGUCCAAUCUGUUCGUGCCGUACCGGCUGGCCAGGGCAGCCUACUCUGAGCUGCUUCAACUGGAGGUGAUAGAGCUGUAUAGACUCCUGGCGGUGACUAUCUCCCUUUGGAAUCAGUUUGCAGUGCCAGUGCUGUUCAGUGUGUUCUGGUCUGUGCUGUUUGUGGUCCAGCUGUGCUCUUACUCUGUGACCAACAAUACAACAGGCAGCCAUGAGGGGGUGCUGUUCUUCCUCCUUACAAGUGUCUCUGAGUGCUGUGUCACGCCCUACUCCCUGCUGGGCCUAACGUCUGUGGUGUCUUACCUGGGCCUGGGGCUUCUCAACCUCACCAAGUUCUACCUGGGGGGCUACACUGCAGUACAGAAUGACAACGUCAUGCACAGAGGUGUGACUGAGGGUGUAACGUUGCUGCUGCUGGCUCUUCAGACGGGUCUUUUAGACAUGCAGGCUCUGCAACGCACCUUCCUCCUCAGUAUCAUCCUAUUCAUCGUCGUCACCUCCACUCUGCAGUCCAUGAUAGAGAUCACAGACCCCAUCAUCCUGGCCCUGGGGGCGUCUAGAAACAGGAGUCUAUGGAAACACUUCCGAGGUCUCAGUAUGUGUCUUGUCCUGCUGGUGUUCCCAGGAUACAUGGCAUAUAAAAUCUCCCAGUUCUUCCACAUGGACUUCUGGCUCCUCAUCCUGGUCUCCAGCUGCAUGCUCACCUCUCUGCAGGUGACAGGUACCAUGCUGAUCUACUUCCUCUUCAUGGUUGAGCUGUUCUGUAGUGACCCUAUAGACAGCCUGGAUGAGAUCAUCUAUUGGGUCAAUGCAGUCAGCCGUGUGCUGGAGUUCGUUGUGGCCCUCUGCGUGGUGGCCUACGGGACCUGGGAAUCUCUGUUUGGGGAGUGGAGCUGGAUGGGAGCCUCAGUUAUCAUCAUACACUGCUACUUCAAUGUGUGGCUCAGAGCUCAGACCGGCUGGAGGAGCUUCCUGCUUAGACAGGAAGCAGCCAAGAAGAUCAACUCCCUCCCCCGGGCCACGGCCAAUCAGCUGCAGCAACACAACGACGUUUGUGCCAUCUGCUUCCAGGAAAUGAGCUCAGCCGUGCUGACGUACUGCGGACAUUUCUUCCAUGGAAACUGCCUGCGUAAGUGGCUCUACGUCCAGGAGACUUGCCCCAUGUGUCACCAGGCCAUCCGCCCCACUCCGCCAGAAGACUUCCAGGCUGCUCCUACGCCCUCUACAGGGACCGGGCCAGGCCGGGAAGAGGAGAGGAGAGGCUCCAGAGAUCAGACUCCAGGCAGGGACGACACACACCAGCCACCAGCUAACCUACCAUCCCCAGGCUCCUCAGAUCAGCAGGAGGGGACAGAGAGCCUGGGAGAGGGAACCAGUGGUUUAGAUAGAAAGGACAGAACAGGACGCCCACGUAGGAAACCUGUCCAGGGUCACCGCUUCAGUUCCACCGGGGACUUUGUAGGCUUUGUCAGCCCAGGCUCUUCUGAGGGUAGUCCUAGUCCAGGGAAGCCUUGGGAUGGAACUCAUCCUACCAACAGGUCCAACGGUGGAGAGGUUGACUGCACGAUCAAAGAACUAUUGGUUCUAUCUACUCCCAAAGAGCAGAUUGGCAGAGUAUUCACUAGAGUGAAUGAGGCUACACAGAACUGCAGGACUGAGAACAACCUUGUAGUUGAAAACCAAUGUGGACCUAUGUCAGGGAAAACAACCAGAAAGACCUCGAGGGCUAAAAGUGUAAACAGGAUAGGAGAUCUCAGUCAACAGAACUAUGAACACACGGGACAACCACGGUCACACACUCUAGGUGAUGGACAUACACAGAAGGAUGAAAGCCAAUCAGAACUGGACACGCCCUGGGAUGUUAAAUCUACCCGGCGACAGAGAUCUAGGCUAGGUAGUAGUUCUACUAAUAGCAGAACGGAGGAGGAGGGAUUCCAUCACAACAGUACCUUUGCGGAGUGGUGAAGGGAAGCCCCAACAAGUCCACUAAAACCCCCUCCCCCAAUGCCUUCUUUCUGUGAAACAACGUUGGAAAACUAAUGUCGUACCCUUCAGCUUGCAGUCCGACAAUACAUGUGUUUAUUUAGUUAUUUAAUUGAUGGUGUGUGUAUUGGAUUGGAUUUAGGGGCAAACAUGUAAAAACCCAAGAUAAGAAAUUAAAUCUAUGAAAUACACAAUUUAUAGAUUAGGGCUGGGUGGUAUACUGUAUUUUACUGUAUGGGUCAAUGAUGAAUAAGAUUUUCAAAAGUGAAAAAAAAAUAAAACAGGGUAAAAUAUUAAUUUUGAAACACUUUGUAUGUACCCUAUGCAUAUUCAGGGUUUGUGGCCCAAAAACUGUGAACAUUUUGACUGUUAAAUUUACCUCCUAAAAAAAUAUUCAGACUAUUAUUUCAAGCAAAGAAGAGUAAAAACAUGAAUAUAUUCAUGGUCUCAAGUAUUCAACAUCAAAGAAGUAAAACCAUUACAGUAUAAUAAAUCUUCACUGGACGAUCCCUCAUUUUGAACGACUUUCAACAACAACUUCAGUAAGACAAAUGAAAACCAUAUGAAAUGUUUCUCUUGUAGACUGAGCUUCUCUGCAUUUCUGAUACAAAAUGAUGUUGUUUUUUUAACAUUAAAAACACUGGUUGAGCCAAAUGA